AUGCCCAUCGCCGAUGCGGACAAGAGGAGGAGGCUGCAGCGGGAGCUCAAGAGCAAGCAGCGGAGCGAGCAGAAGCUCCUGAUGAGCAAGCUCGACCUCAUGGUACCCCCAUCCUCCCCCGCCAUCGAGCCCGCGAACCACCAAAAGCAGCGCCCCGCCCUCAACCUCCUCCAUGACCUCGUCGCCUACUUGCGCUCCUGCGACGAAAGGCAGCGAGCGCAGGAACAAAAGCGAGCGAUCUACACCGAUAUGAUGAGCUGCAUGCUGCUGAGUCGACAGGAGAGGAUCAUUCUCGCUGACAUACCCAGCUGGACAAUACGGGACGUGAGCGGAGCGGUACAUGGCGAUUACGAGGGUUCGUGCUUCGGGGGGAGGCUGGUAGGGCAGUGCAUGCUCCAUCUUGUGAGCAUGCAGGACAUGGACGCGCUCAGAGGCAUCGCUCGACAGGCUUGGGAUGUGACGUGCCCGCCUGAGUUCCAGGUGGACGAGGUUGUGAGCAUGCGGCUGCUGGAGGGAGGGAGGAUGAGGAUGGAGCGCUUCCGGCUACUAGGGGUGGUGAGGAAGGACGUCUGCAUGUCCAUCAUCUAUCCGGAGCCUCUGGGGCCCGACAGCGCCGAGAUCGAGCUGAAGCAUUUGGACUUCCGCAGACUGGGAGGGGUCGCGACGUUUGAUCAAGAGAGCCCCUCUUCUCCUUUGCUUGCCGACCGAGCGAUGAAGCUAGUGUCGGGGAGCUCCCAUGGGAUGAUGUCGGAAUUCGUCGGCAGGAUGGGCACUUGCGACACGUCGAGAGGGCUGAUGGAGAAGAUGGCGGCGAAGUCGAACUCGACGUUUGAGGGCAUGACGAAGCAGCUGUUUUCAAUCGUCACAAGCCACCACGAGGGCCAUCUUUUGCUUGAUUUUGACAGUGAGGCCGCACAUUGCCCUUUCCUGGGAGGCUUCAAGACCCGCUGGAUUCAAGUCAUGAAGGCAACCUUUGAUGGCUCAGAGAUCAAAGAGCUCAGCGGUACGCGUGGAAGCGAGGAGGCGCUGGUCGCUGAGAAGAAAGUUGCAGACAGCAGGCAGCAGGUGGUCGGGUACGCGCACGGAGACAGGAGGACGAUGGGGUGUCAUGUGACGUUCCUUUAUUUCUGGAGGCAGACAGGGAUAUGCUUUCAUACUCGUAACUUCAUCAUAAAUCCUUUGGGGCUGGAACAUAGUGGUCAGGAGCCCUACAGGUUUUUCUACGCCUUGAAGAGAACGGGAGAAGAUGUUGAUAGCAGUCUUUCUGCACUUCCGGGUAGUCUUCAACUUGCAAAAAGUUCGCCGCCUGGCGGCGGCCCACCGUUGCGCGCUGCGGCAGUGCCGCCACAACUUGCUAAUGCCUGGGCUGUUCCCGGCGAACAUCUUCCGAACUUCGGAAGUUCACCGUCAUGUCAGCACCAUGGAGAUCACGUUACUUCCGACGCAUAA